AUGAAGGGCUUCAGUCAACUCUCCUUUGCUGCUUUAGCUGCUUAUGCGAGCGCAACCGCUAUCGAUGUCAACAAGCGCGAAACACCGUUGAGCGUCGUUCUCACUGCUUCAGGCAAUUCUGAAGUUAAGGUAGCCGUUACGAACAAUGGCGAUACCACUCUUAACCUCCUGAGCAAGGGUACCUUCUUAGAUGAAGUCAAUCCUGUUCAGAAGGUCCAGAUGUACUCCGCCGCUGGCAGUACCGAGGUUCCAUUUGAGGGCAUCAAGAUCCGACUUUUGACCACUGGUCUGAGCCAAGAUGAUUUCCUGACUCUCGCGGCUGGGAAGACCAGGGAGCUCACCGUUGAGACUGCAGCUCUGCAUACUUUAACCGAUGGUGGCGACUUUGAUGUCUUCGCCAAGGGCCUGCUUCCGUAUGCUGAAGAGAAUUCCACCGAUCUUGUCGGUAACUUCGCCUACGAGUCAAACAAGCUCUCCAUGGCCAUCGAUGGUGCCAUUGCCGCGACUGUCGCCAAGGCCAUCACCAAGCGCACUACUGUUGGUUCCAGCUGUACUGGCUCUAAACUCUCGGCCGUUCGCACCGCACUUUCCAAUUGUAACAAGCUUGCUACCGCUGCUUCGAGCGCUGCAAAGUCCGGCACCAAGCUUCAAACCUACUUCAAGUCUACAUCUAGCAGUGUCAGCAGUGAAGUCUCUGCUCGCCUUACCGCCGUUGCCUCCGAUUGUGGUGGCUCUGGAUCGAAGACCUCGACCAACUGCAAUGACCCGUACCAGGGCUGCUCAUCCAAUGUUCUUGCAUACACUGUACCAUCUCAAAACUUCAUUACCUACUGCGGUAUCUUCUUCAGUGAACUCCCAGCUCUCGCCAGCACUUGCCAUGCCCAGGACCAAGCUACUACUGUCCUCCACGAGGAGACGCAUGCUCCUGGUGUAUACAGCCCUGGAACUGACGAUCUUGGCUACGGAUAUGCUGCCGCUACGAGGUUGUCGUCUAGCCAGGCACUGAACAACGCUGACUCGUAUGCACUUUACGCAAACGGUACGUAUCUCUCAAUUGAAAGUUGA